AUGAGGUUCGCUCAGGAGUUUGAGUACGAAGUGCUGACCAUCGAUGAGAUACAGAAGCAAAUACACGGUUGCAUCGAAGAGAUCAAAGCCGUCAUACAGUUGUCUUCGGCCACAAUCCGCACACUUCUCGCACAUUUCAAAUGGGAUACACAGAAACUGUUGGAACGGCUGUUCGACGGCAAUCAGGAACAGCUCUUCGCCGACAUUGGGAUCGUGUCCAACAGGACGGAGAGGACGACACCCAAUGGCAACGAAAGCAAAAGGCAGUGCUAUGCGAAGAGUGUGUGUUUCAUCUGCUAUUCCGAUGACAUCAAACCCCACCACUUACUGCGAUCACCUCUUUUGCACUCAUUGUUGGACGCAAUACUUGACCACAAAAUCAUGUCUGAGGGCGACGUGAUGGCCAUCACCUGUCCGGCCACCGACUGCAAAGUGGUGGUCGACGAGGAGCAGGUGCUGCAACUGAUCACCGAUGAGACGGUGAGAGCCAAAUACCAGCGCCUGAACACCGACUCUUACGUGUCGUCCAAUCGGCUGUUGAGAUGGUGUCCCCGUCCGGACUGUUUGCACGCGUUUAGCGCUCAGACCAAAGAGGCGCAUCCCGUGGUGUGCGUCUGCGGUAAACAGAUCUGCUUCGGCUGUGGAGAAGACAAUCACGAGCCCAUCGGCUGUCAACUGCUGCGCGAGUGGAACGUGAAGUCCGCCGGAAGUAACGGCGAGAUGAUCGACGGAUAG